AUUGAUGAUUCAGUCAUGCGAUCGGAGGAGUCUGUGAUUUCUUUUGUUUUGUUUUAUUAGGAGACUAACUCACCACAUGGACUCUGCGUUAAAAACUCGUCGCACAGCUUCAUAGUUUUAGAGUAUUUUCAAGCUUAAUCAUGGUCAAUAGUAACGUAAAGAAGACAGUUAUCUCUAUCGGGAGCACAGCGUGUUUGUGUCUGCUGCUGCUCCUGGUCGCGGUGCAGCAUCACCGGGUUCAGGUGGAGAAGGUGACCGGAGAGGACACCGGGACGCGCGCUCUUGACGCACAGCUUAGCGGCGCGCCAGAGAAGAGAGGAUUCUCUGCGUAUCUUUCCAAACUGACCCGGGGACGGAGGGAGGUGGAGAAGCCCGCGCGCUCCUCUGCGUCCUCCGCCGAUCCAGCUCCAGUGGAGGACAUCAGCGCCGAUGACAUCUUCAUCGCUGUAAAGACCACCAAGAAGUUCCACCAGCCCAGACUCAAUCUGCUGCUGGACACGUGGAUCUCAAGAAACGCGCAACAGGUAAUUCCAAGAUGAUUUCGUUGAAUUAGAUGGUUAAAAAGUUUUAAAGUGGAUUAUUUUAACUAUUCCUGGGCUUGAAUCAUCAUUGUUGAGUCUCCUCUGUAGAAGAAAACAAUAAGUUAGUGUGCGAAUGCAGGUGAUGCUUGUUUGAUGGCUCGUACAGUGCAGCAUUGUUCUCCCUGCCACCAGAUGACACAGUGAAAUACCCACAAAACCCCUGUUACCACGCAGAGUUUCCCCAGCUCUGUCACUUUUUUUAUUCUUCUCUGAGUGAUGUCCCUGAGAACGGAGGGAACAGUUUCAGGACUCCCUCUUUGAGCCCCCCUCUCUCACCCCUCUCCUCUAUUAUCCUUUCUCUUUUCGGGUGUCCCUGUGAAUGCCCUCGGUGCAAUGGAUGCUUCACAGCAGCGACUCCAGCGCUGUCCCCCUUCCAGGGCCCAACAAAGCGUCUUUCUGAAGGGGGGAAGUAAAAGCGUUUCCAAGCCCUCUUGUCUUCCCCCUCUCUCCAUGGGAACGUGGGAGCUGAGUCUGGGUCAAGCUCACUGGAGGGAUGGGAAAACGGGGGGCUUGGCUGAGGGGAUGCAUGGGGACAAAGGGGUGCAUCUAUAGGCGAGUUUUUUGCACGCUGAGUGUGGAAAUGUAGGCCUGAGAACCAAGCUCUUUUCUAGUUCUCAAAGACAUGGACAGCUAUAAAAAAGUAACCAGUCAUAGUGAUUUUAUCCUGCAAUCAGAGGUGUCACAUGUAGUUUUUAUGAGCUUUGCGAGUUGCUGUAGGCGCUGUCACACACUGGUUUUAAUUCCUUAAAAUCAGGACAGAGUGGAGAAAGAUUUUUUGUAAUGCUUUAACAGGGAAUUCAUGCUCUUCUCAUCUUCUCAUGAGUGCUCUUAUUGUUGUAUUUGCUUGUAGUUUCUGUUCUUGAUAAUGUUAGUUAACACAUUUGACAGAGAGAAAACAGCAGCGCUCAUACAUGCAAGCAGCUGGUGGGUGCCUGCAUGGACAAAAAAAGCACAGACUGAGCUCACAAUGAGAGAGGGAGUUCCUGGAGGAAGGGUGACAGGUGGUCAGGAGGGACGAAACAAAGGACGGCCUUAAUGCCAGCCAUAUGAUGCUCCUAGUUCCCAUAGUGUGCAUAUGGCCAUCCUCUGUGUUGAGGUUUGAUUCCCAUGCUCAGCUGAUGAACAUCUGUGCAGUUACAUGAGGGACAAGAGUCACACAGAAACCCAAACUUGAUGUUUUAUGCAUAACUUGUCCUCACCAGAGGGAGGUCUCUUUACUGUUGUGCAGCUGGAGGCGGUGUUUACAUGAGAACAUGGAGGCCAGAUUAUCUCCGUGAUAGCUACAUUGACACAAUAGAGCGGCGGCCCUCUUAAUCUGCUAGUCUAUUCAGAGUUUAAAUAACUUUUCUUUUUUUUUUUUGGGAAAUCCAACCAGCUGGUGUUUUUACUCUUACGAAAGCCUGAGUGACUCAAACAGAAAGAAAUCUAGAUGUAUGUUUUCUUUACAGAUCCUCUUCCUGUUUUCUGAGAACUGUGCAGGAACAAUGAAGUGAAAAAAGUGUAAAUGGAUGGCACAUAGCUACUGCUUUUAUAGUAGUGUGAGUUCAUUUUGCAGCUGGUUUCUAGAUCUUUAUGUAUUCUAAUUUAAAAGAGAUGAUAACUGGAAAGCAUUGCAGAAAAAAAACGUUUGAUGUGUUGAACUCGAGUUAGUCAGAUGUUUUCAGAAAGUUUGUGAUUUUCCAGUUUUAAGUACUCCCAUUAGAUACUCUCCACGUUCUAAUAAAAGCGGCUUAAAAUGCUUUGAUUUCUCGAAAGAGGGGAAGUGUCUGAUAGAGGGAGGGGAGCUCUGAUGCCCUUCCUUCCCGUGGAGAUGGAGACAGCCAGCCAGGCACCACGUCCAGCUCCGACAGGGCCGUGCCAGACCUUCCUGUGGUCGGGAGUGCACCCCCCUUUCAUUCUUCUCUCUGUUUGCUCUCAUCCCCCUGCGCUCCUCACCUUGUGCCCUCUCGUCUCUUAUCUCUACUUCACACACAGCCGUCUCUUUCUUGUUUCCACAUUAGUAUUCCAUAAAAGUAACUCUUCUCUAAGGUUUCAGUUUAGAAACAAAUAGAGAGAAAGGGAGGGAAGAAAAAAAAGUUCCCGGGGAGGUUUCUCUUUAGUUAACUCCUGCAGCUGUAUGCAAAUGCCGGCAAACAUAUUUAGAAUUUACCCAGCAGAGACUUACCCAGCAUGAAAACUCACAGCAUUGUUCUAUUCAAGGGGCUCCAACCGGAGGCAAAGGCGGGGGGAGUGUGGAGGGUGGGGGGGCAGGAUAGAGGGUGUAGAGGGGGUGAAUGGCCACACACGGAUUUUGAUUUAACUAAUCAGUAGUGAGAUUCCUCUCCUCCCUCUCCCUCUCUCUAUCAGUGCCCUGGCAGCUCUGGCAGCUGCCUCAGUGAUUAGACCGUCUAUUCAAUGGGUUUUUCGAGCAAACAGCGCCAGCCUCUGAUCCCCUUCACCGACUAAAACUACCACCCUCUCUUAAACAAAUACCGGCUCAUGGCUUCAGCGCCGAGCAACAUCUGCUCAGAGUUUGCUCUACAAACAGUUCAAUGUCAAAAAGAAAAAGCACGCUGGAGUAGAAAGACGUGUGUUUUCGUUCAAGAAAAGCCAGCUGCCUGUUAAAGAUGCAGAUCACAAAUCGCAGUUGCCUGGCAGGAGCGAGGGAAAGCAGCAAGAAUGUGGGUGAUAGGUAACAAAAAGCACUCUGUCAGCGAGGGCGAGGGCACCACGAGCUGGCGAGUAGAGACACGUGGCGUAGAUAAAGUAGCGUGAUGGGCGGCAGGUGCUGCCUCACCUGAGGUGAAGAGUAAACACUGAGCUGGCGGUUACAAAGCUCAGCGCCAGCUUUCAUCUGCGGCGUUUAGCAGCUUGCACCUGCUCAGUGUGAUCAGUCAUAAAGAGGAGUCUGCUUUUUUUUAAAGAGUCUUCCUGCGAGGUGUUCUUUGUUGUUAACUCUUUUAUGACUAACUGAUACAUUUAACAAGCGCCUGCAGUCUUGUGGUUUAAAUCCCGGGCCCCUCAGUCAGUCAUAGAGCUGCUCAAACACACACACACACACACACACACACACACACACACACACACACACACACACACACACACACACACACACACACACACACACACACACACACCAACAGGGUCGUGCAGGUUGUUUGUCAGAUCAGAUCCAACAUGUCAAAGCUGGCAGCAGGUCCAGCAGAGUGGAGGGGCUCAUCGGGGGAUGGGAUACACGAACGGGGUGUGUGGGGGGCGGACAGUCUGCCUCCUGCUUUGUUCUAUGUCUGGGAUGCUUCAGGGCGGCGGCGCAGUUGCCAUGGAGAGAGUGAAGCGCAGGACAAAAGGCCUUUAUUAGAGCAGGGGGUUGUUUAACUCAAUGUGUUUUCCACUGCAUAAAAGACAUGUUGAUUGAUGCUAAUCACACCCGACUGGAGAAAGAAGCACUUUGUACACUGCUGGAUUUGACCAUGUGACCGCUUCACAAGAUCAGCCAAAGUGGUUUUGAUUUUAUGGAUUUUAAGUCUCGGUCCACUCAUCUGUACUGUCCUUUGUGUGUUUUCAGACCUACAUCUUCACGGAUGGAGAAGACGAAGAGUUAAAAAAGAAAAUUGGUGAGUUUUUUGAAAAGAGAUCUUUGUUGGAAACACAGAGACACACUGUUGGUAAAUUUAUGAUUUACCAAAUCAAAAUUAUAAAGAAGCCUCUGUUGGUGGCGUCACUUUCAAUUAAACAUCCUUUUCUCUUUGACUGUUUUACAGGGAGUCAUGCAAUCAACACAAACUGCUCUGCCGCUCACAGCAGACAGGCUCUGUCCUGCAAGAUGGCGGUGGAAUAUGACAAGUUUAUCGAGUCGGGGAAAAAGUAAGGACCAGUUCAUUUAGAGUUUAUUUGGUUAUUUUGAAUGGAUAAGAGUCUAAUGGUUUGUCUGUCUUCUCAGGUGGUUCUGUCAUGUAGAUGAUGACAACUAUGUGAAUGUUCCCUCUCUGGUGAAGUUCCUGUCCCAGUACCCCCACACCCAGGACAUGUACCUGGGCAAACCCAGUCUGGACCGGCCUAUAGAGGCCACAGAGAGGCUGGGGGACAACAAGAUGGUACGUAGAGGAUUUUCUUUCUUUCUCCACAUUUUCCUUCAAGGAUCUCAUAACUUAUAAAUCACUGGAGUAACUUUUGGUUGUUUUGACAGAAACCAGUCAACUUUUGGUUUGCUACUGGAGGGGCAGGCUUCUGUGUGAGCCGGGGACUGGCCCUGAAGAUGAGCCCAUGGGCCAGGUAAGAUACACUCAAGAUAACAAACUCCAGUUUAACGAUAUAAAGGACAACAGGUCAUUGUCUAUGAGGAAUUAUUCACUAGUUGGUUAAUAUCGUGACUGAUCUGGUAACUUUCGUCCUACCAGUGGCGGUCACUUCAUGAACACAGCUGAGAAGAUCCGCCUGCCCGAUGAUUGCACCAUCGGCUACAUCAUCGAAUCGGUUCUCAAGGUUCCUCUGACCCGCAGCAACCUGUUCCACUCCCACCUGGAGAACCUGCAACAGGUUCAAAGAUCAGAGAUACACAAACAGGUGAGAUGCGCACAUCACCAGUAAGCUUUGAUGCAUCAUAAAUUUCACGUUUGUCUCCUGUGUUGCUGACGUUUUUGCCGUCUUCUUCAGAUCACUCUCAGUUAUGGGAUGUUCGAAAACAAGAGUAACAUCAUCAAUUUGAAAGGAGCUUUUCCUGUGGAGGAGGAUCCAUCCAGGUGAGGAACUGUUCCGACUGUUGUGAUCCACGUUUUUUCAAUGCUUGUCAGCAAACUUAACUCAAACAUCCUUUUCUCUGUCUCCUAGGUUCAAGUCUGUGCACUGUCUCCUGUACCCAGACACCCCCUGGUGUCCCCCUCAGGUUGCCUUCUAAGGCGACCGCUCCUUUCUCAUCCUCGUCCCGGUCAUGCCUCGGUAUCUGAAAGGCUUGUAGGGACCAGUGUUUGGUAUUAGACCGUAUGGCUGCUGUUUUCUUGCUGCAGUGAUGUGCGGUCUUUAAUAGUUUUACUGGGCUGCUGUGCGGCCCGCCUCGGGACUUUUUCUUCCUGCGUCAAAACCAGGACCUUGUUCGACCCCGUAAUACACGGGAUAGUGGACUCCAGGCCUUGGCAGGAAGCAGCUUUCUCUGUUGUACUUUACAGGCAAUCAGUUGAGCUUUGAGAUGUACAGUAUACGUUGCUUGUAAAUGUAUUUGCAAUUCUCAUAGAAUGUAUUGCCAUAUAUCCAAACCUAAUUGCCAGCUUCAUUAACACUUGUAUUGUUUGAGCUUUUUAGCUUUUUAGCAUUUUAAAAAAACAGCUCCAUGGGUAUUUGUUUAUAGCUUUUAACACAUACAGUAUAAUUGGCUUUUUAGUCUUUCUUCUGUUCAGAUCAUUUUAACAAUGAUGACUCCGGACAAAUUCUGCAAUAUGAAGAUGUUUCAUGUUUUUUUUUAGUUAACAGUGUUAUCUCUUGACCUGAGCUGGCAGUUUGCAUAUUUCCAAAAGCAUCUUUUCUUGGUCGACCUAAUCUGAAGUUUAAUAGGAUGAAGCACUUUUUCUUGAUGGCAGUUUUUCAUAAACUGAUUUAAUUUAUGUCCCUUAAUAACGUGCUUCAGUUUGGGUUCAAACGGAGUAAACAAUUUGAACCUCACAAAAUCUCAAACUCCGGCCAUUCAUGUGUAUUUCAUAUCCCUCCUUGCAUGUAUUUCAAUCAGGGGAAAUAAUGAAUGGAGGAAUUUGUUGACAUGGGGUUACAAUCAGAUUUUAAAUUGCUUUGAAAAGUUUUUAAAUAUUGCACAGCUGAGCUUCAAAUAAGCUGACGUUUGCUCCUGGAAAGAGACUCACCUCAUGGGUUCAACAGUGAAAAUCAGUGAUAAUAACCACACAAGAGAGGAGCUCCAGUGUCUGCUCCUCUUAACCUGAAUGUGCUUUACUUCCACACUUUACUGACUAGUCACUGUUGAAGCCUGUGAGGUGGGAUCUCCACACGAGCAACAUCGGCGUCCCCACAUGGAGGAGUCUGUUCCCUCUGUGUCAUCCUCACCCAUAUUGGGUUACUUUGUAAAUCUCAAUGACAGUAUUGUGUACUGUGCCUCUGUUUGAAUUAGUAAUGAAUGUGCAUUGUUUAGAUUGUAACCCACCCUGUGCGGUUUACACCUGAUUUAAAUGACCUGGAUAUGAUUUUGUACUGCUUUGAAUUGUAUUAUUGACUGCGCUGUUUAUUCUCCAGUAUCUGGAGGGUCUGAACAGCUCACCACCGAUACUUGCUUCUCAGGGAUUGUGAGCUGAUCCUGGUAUUAAAAGUACUGUGGGACCCUAAAGUGGGACCUGAAAGUUUGAAUAAAAGAGCAUAACCACUGAGAAACAUAUCA